AUUAUUGACCAUGUCAUCAAUCAUGGCUUGUCCUUUAGAAAGGCUGGACAAAGGGUCCAGCCCAUUCUGAGUCGGAGCACUGUGGCAUCUAUUGUCAGGCUUUUUCGGAAUGAGAACAGAAUCCACACAUUGCCACACACUGGUGGCAGAGCAAAGAUAUUUAGUAUUGAACAGUAGUCUGCCAUUGUAGAUAUGGUAGUGGCAAACAAUGCAAUCAGACUGCGUGAAAUCCAGGCAGCAGUAAUUGCAGAUCAGGGAGCAUUUAGAAAUAUAAACAGUGUGAGUUUGGCAACUAUAGAUCGAGUCCUUAAACGAAACCUUGUCAGAAUGAAGCAGCUGUACAGAGUUCCAUUUCAAAGAAACUCUGACAUCGUAAAGGAGGCACGAUUCCAAGAAUAAUGGAGCUUGAAGCUGAAGGGGCACAUCACAAAUUCAUUUUUGUGGAUGAAGCCGGCUUCAACCUCUGUAAAGUGAGGCGACGCGGGAGGAACAUCAUUGGGCAGAGGGCCACUGUCACAGUGCCAGGUCAGAGGGGUGCCAAUAUCACCAUGUGUGCUGCCAUCUCCAAUGAUGGAGUCCUUUGCCACAUACCAACUAUUGGCCCAUACAAUACAGAACGCCUCAUCACAUUUCUUGAUGCAUUGAAAGAAUUACUGAUUACACCCGAAGAGAGAGGGCUGUUGAGGCCUGGCAUGACUCUGUAUGUCAUAAUUUGGGACAAUGUGGCUUUCCACCACUCUCGCCUUGUGAAUGAAUGGUUUGCAGCACAGCCUCGUAUUAUGAUACAAUUCCUCCCUGCAUACUCGCCUUUUCUGAACCCAAUCGAGGAGUUCUUCUCUGCUUGGAGGUGGAAGGUGUAUGAUCACCGGCCAUAUGAGCAGAUGCCCCUCCUGGAGGCAAUGAAUGCUGGUUGCCUGGCAAUAGGUGCAGAGGACUGCCAGGGAUGGAUACGCCAUGCAAGGAGGUAUUUCCCUUGGUGCAUUGCAAGGGAAAACAUUCAAUGCGAUGUUGAUGAGAACCUGUGGCAUAAUCGUCAAGAACGAAUGGACUAAAUGUGAAAGAUAAAAUGUAUAUAUCUUUCUUUUUUUUCUUUUUUUUUAAAAAGGUAUUUCCACCCAUAAGUUUCCUUU